UUUUCCACAAUUCCGCCAUUCCGCAAACUUAUCUCUGCUCUUACGCAACUUGUUCUUCUCUACCAAUCAAUCGCUGCAUCUCCGAUCGUAAGCUUCUACGGUGGUUGUAUUGUGACCAUGGCGGCUCCGGGAUCGGUACAGAAAGGAGAUGAGGAGUGGCGUGCGGUUCUUUCUCCUGAGCAGUUUCGGAUUCUCCGGCAGAAAGGCACCGAAUAUCCAGGAACUGGAGAAUAUGUAGACUUCAACAAAGAAGGGAUUUACGGUUGUGUAGGAUGCAAAACUCCUCUCUAUAAAUCGACCACAAAGUUCAACGCCGGCUGUGGCUGGCCAGCGUUCUUCGAUGGAAUCCCCGGUGCCAUUACUCGAACCAUGGACCCAGAUGGGACAAGAACAGAGAUCAACUGUGCAGCAUGUGGUGGACACCUUGGCCAUGUAUUCAAAGGAGAAGGUUUCGAUACUCCAACUGAUGAACGCCAUUGCGUUAACAGCGUCUCGCUUAAGUUCACACCCGCAAAGCCUCCUUCCUUGUAAAAAUAUUAGUCUUCUUGGCAAACAGAUUAUAUAGUUUAUUUCUCUGGCUUUUUUUUCUCACUCUGAAAGUGAGUGAAAGAACGACAGAAUAAGAAUAAGAUUCAUGUUUGUGUGUGUUUGUAUAAGACUAUUAUGGUGGUUUUAUGUUGUUACCUUGUACCACCACAAUCAUAUAUACAUCUCCUUGGGCAUUUUGACAACAACUUUAUGGUUUAAAAGGAACGGAUUUGAUCUAGA